GGAAGCCUCGUAUUGAAGUUGAUAGGUUUUCAAGAUGGCUGCCAGAAAUUGUCAUGGAAGAGUUUACGAGCCAGGAAAACCUCUUUCAUUUGCAUUUAGAAGUGAAAUAAUUGACAUGUUUAAUAAUGGACAUUCUAUGCGGGCAAUUGCUUGCAGUUUAAAGGUGACACGGAAAGCAAUACAAAAGGUUAUUCAUCAUUUUCAAGCGUAUGGUACUGUUAUUCCUUUUUCAAGUGGUGGUAGCGAACCAUAUAUUAUGACUGAUGCUGUCUUACAAUGUGUUGAAAUAUGGAAGUUACAGAAGCCCUCUAUAUAUGCUUCUGAAAUACAAGACAAACUUCUUCGCGAGGGGAUAUGUUUAAGGAAUAGUCUGYCCACAAUAUCAGCAAUAAAUAAAAGUAUCACACGGAAGCUACAAAUGACUCAUAAAAAGAUUAGUCAAAUACCACUAGAACAGAGAGAAAGAAUGUCGAAAGUGGAUGAGUAUCUUGACGCUACUUCACGACUUCCUGCUACGACACUACACUUUGACGAAGCUUCGGUUCUCAAAACUACCUCUAAUCGUCUUUAUGGURGCAGUUAUAGAGGAGUUCCAGCUAUAGAAAUCCAAAAGUACGCAUCAAAUGCUACUUUCACUGUAAAUCUAUUACAUAGUGUCUUUGGAKUCGACUACUAUAAUGUCCUACCAGGUUCUUCAAAUGGAGAAGAACUUCUCGCUUUUUUCAACGAUGCACUGGAUAGUGAAAGAAGUAAUGGACUACCAGUCUUUUUACCAGGAGAUACAUUGGUGAUGGACAAUUGUGGGUUUCACCAUGGUAGAAUUACUGAGAGAGUUCUGAGGCAGAUGUGCACUAAUAAGGGAGUCACCCUUUUGUUUCAACCACCAUACUCACCUCACCUAAACRCAUGUGAGAACUGUUUUCAUCAAAUGAAGCAAGCAAUGAAAAAAAAUGAAUCCUAUGCACAGCAAUAUACAGAAAUGGCAAUCAUUAGUGCUCUAAACAACAUCACAUCAGCUCAGUCCCAAUAUUAUUUCAAGAACUGCGGGUACUUGUUGUAAUCUAAGUGGUAGAGURAUUUUCAUAAACCCGUGAAASACACUUUAGCCUAAUUAGCACUAUAAUACACCAUGUUUCGUUUGUUUUCUAUUGUUUGAAUUCGACUAUUACACUCUAACCGGUACACUGUCUCAUGGAUUAAUGAAAACCACUCUAAAAUGAUUCUCCUAUUAUUGACAAUAGUGCAUAUGAAAAAUUGUUUCAUUCUGAGUGCAGCAACCGUAAAAGCUGUAUGUACAUCCCAUAUAAAUUGUAUUUACAACUAUAUUGGUUUUGCUGAUAAAACACCACUCUGCAGACAGUCAUAUUAAAACAUGUUCUAAUUUAUUGGUUGUAAAAAAUCCAAGAAGAGAGAGAAUAGUACACCAGACAAUAGUUUUUGUUGAUUUGUUUUUCAAUUUUAGAGAUAAUGCGAUUCAGAGAUAGAGUGCUUUUACUAUAAGCGUGAAAUAGUUCGCUAACAAAAUAGUUCAAAUUAGUACAAAAUCCUUUGUCUUGUUUAAUUAGUGCAAUUUCUUAAAAAGUAUUUCAAGGGUAUAAUAAAAACACUCUAAUGUUUCAAAUGAUGGAAUAAUAAU